AGCAGUAGGAUGCGUUUGCAGCUGUCCCACUGCCACGACACGUCAGGCCCUACCGCCAUGCACGCUGCUUUCGCCACCUCCGACGUGGAAGCGACACCGCUCGGGCCGCAUGUCGCAAACUCAGAAAUUGCGGAACGCGGUAGCAUUGCGUGCUCUCAUCCCAUCAUCCUUCCCCUGCGUCACGACGCGACGGACGAUCUCGCCUACGGUCUCGCCUCGCGGCAUCCGCCGCAUCCUGACCCUCCCCACGCUCCCGGAACCUAUACUAUCAGAAUGUAUCCGAUCCCCUAUUCUCCUCUUGAGGUCUCCCUUCUGGUCUCCCUCCGCAGUGACGCUCUGAAACCCCCCCUCUUGUUCGCGCUUUUUCUUGUUUCUAACUCUUAAGGCGCGGAGCUUUCAAGCUAAUCGAGCUCGCUGGUUUCUCGUUCCUAGCUUUUAUCAGCAAGACCACAGCGGUCCAAGGUCUUAACAACCGGAGCAACAGGCUAAUCGAGGCAUGAUGUUUUUCACGUGGUAUGGCCUCGUGUUCCUCACCGUGCUCUUCAUCCUGCUGUCCCCGGGGAUGCUGCUGCAGAUCCCCGGUGACAACCAGCCUCUGGAGAUUCAAAACUGGCGCACCUCCCUGCCUUCGGUGCUCGUGCAUGCUGUGGUCUUCCUCGCCCUCACGCUGCUCGCCAAUUGGCUCUUCCCGUCGUGGCUACAUGGCUAGAUGAUACCCGUGGGUGGCAUGGCUACAUGGCUAGAUGAAACCAUGGGUCACAUGGCUAGAGCAUGCUUGCUAGUAGAUAGAUGGUGGCUACAGAUGAGUAGGAGAUGCUGGUGUGGUGGAGUGGCUUCUAAUGCAGGUGCAUGUAAGUAAUUGUCCAUAUGUGAAUAAUUAAGAGUCACUAUCAGAUGGUUUUUCUAUACCUUGUUGACUUAGACUGUAUACUUCAGAAG